CAAAAACACAUUGGAAGCAAUUAACCACCCAUUCUCUGUUGCAUAGUUUUUUGACUGGGCAACCACAGGCAGGGCCUAUUACUGGCCAAAUCCAUCUUCUCCCUCGCGCCCAAAUCGCCUCCUCUCUCGUCUUCUCCGAUUCUCUCUUUCUCUCUCAAAAUUUCUCUCUUCGUCGAAUUUUCUUUUCCUCUCAAUUCAAUUAUCUAUUCAAUUAGCCAAAAAUUCAAAGUCGAAUCAGACAGAUCCAUUUUUCUAAGGUGCUGAGGUGUAAAUAGUUUGUAUGAUCGUUUUUAGCUCCUUGUAAUGGAAGACGAGGAAGAAAAGAAAGAGACCAGAGAAAUUUCAGGAAAGGAUCCUAGAAUUCCUGAAACAGUUAGUGUUGUAGAAGAUAGUGUAGGAACAGCUCACCAAGAAAAUGUAAAUUUCAGGGGUGGCAGUGACAUGGAAAUAGGAAGUAACAAUUUAGUUCCCCAAGGGCUUAAUUCUGUAGCUACAGUUAUGGAUGAAGACCAGUUUGAACAGGUUUCUUUGAAAGAAGCUGGUCACAUGGAUUCUAACCGGUCUUCAAAUUCAGAGCAUGAGAGACAAUUCUCUGACGAAUUUUAUGAAGCCGCUCAAAAUUUAUCUUUCACUUUUGGGGCUGAUCUUGGCUCUCCAAUGACUGACAUUCGACAUGAUCGCUCAAUAUCAAGCCCUGGACCUGAAAGACAAUUUGGUUCUACAAUUAAGCCAUCUUUUUCAUCAACCAGUCUUGAUUCUGCUUACUUCGGAGAUGUUGGAUUCUCUCCCCUUGGUUCACCUCCAAGGCCUAAGCCAAAAGCUGUUAUGCCAAAUGUGUCUCCAGAACUGUUGCAUUUAGUGGAUUCUGCCAUCAUGGGAAAGCCUGAAAGCUUGGACAAGCUGAAGAACAUUGUUAGUGGAGUUGAGAGUUUUGGAAAUGGGGAGGAAGCGGAGACCAUUGCUUACUUGGUUGUUGAUUCACUUCUGGCCACAAUGGGUGGAGUUGAAAGUUUUGAGGAUGAGGAUAACAAUCCUCCUAGUGUAAUGUUGAACUCUCGGGCUGCUAUUGUGGCUGCUGAACUCAUCCCCCGGCUUCCUUGUGUGGGUGAUAGUGAGAUUUACAUGUCCCCUAGGACGCGGAUGGUGAGGGGGUUACGUGCUAUAUUGAGGGCUUGCACAAGAAAUAGAGCAAUGUGCUCUAUGGCUGGUCUCUUAGGAGUUCUUUUGGGGUCAGCAGAGAAGAUCUUUGUUCAAGAUGUGGAUUCGACAAUGCAGAUGAGAUGGGAUGGAACUCCUUUAUGGCAAUGCAUUCAACACUUGGCAGGGCAUUCACUUACUGUUAUUGAUUUGCAUAGAUGGUUUGAAGUCAUUACAAGAAUGAAUACUACUGCAUCGGCAUCUUGUUUAAUGCGUGCCCUGGAGAAGGCAAUGGGUGGAAAGGAGUCAAAGGGACCAGUCUGUACCUUUGAGUUUGAUGGUGAAAGCUCUGGUUUGCUUGGUCCAGGGGAGAGCCGUUGGCCAUUUACUAGUGGAUAUGCAUUUGCAACAUGGAUCUAUAUUGAAUCAUUUGCAGACACAUUGAACACGGCUACUGCAGCUGCUGCAAUUGCUUCUGCAGCAGCGGCCAAGUCAGGAAAAUCAUCUGCCAUGUCAGCUGCAGCUGCUGCCAGUGCGCUUGCUGGUGAAGGCACAGCCCACAUGCCACGACUUUUUAGUUUCUUAUCAGCAGACAGUCAGGGGGUAGAGGCAUACUUUCAUGCACAAUUUUUGGUUGUUGAAAGUGGUAGUGGGAAGGGGAAAAAAGCUUCAUUGCAUUUUACUCAUGCAUUCAAGCCACAAUGCUGGUAUUUUAUUGGUUUGGAGCAUAUUUGCAAGCAGGGGCUGAUAGGGAAAGCAGAGAGUGAACUGAGAUUAUAUAUUGACGGAUCAUUAUAUGAAACUCGCUCUUUUGAGUUCCCUCGAAUCUCCAGGCCUCUUGCAUUUUGUUGCAUUGGGACAAAUCCCCCUCCUACAAUGGCUGGUUUACAACGUAGACGUCGCCAAUGUCCUCUGUUUGCUGAGAUGGGGCCUAUUUAUAUAUUUAAGGAGCCAAUUGGUCCAGAAAGGAUGGCACGUUUAGCUUCUAGAGGAGGGGAUGUGCUUCCUACUUUUGGUAAUGGUGCAGGACUUCCUUGGCUUGCAACAAAUGACCUUGUUCGAACUAUGGCAGAGGAAAGUUCUCUUCUGGAUGCAGAGAUUGGAGGAUGCAUUCACCUUCUCUAUCACCCCAGUUUGCUCAAUGGGCGUUUCUGUCCAGAUGCUUCACCUUCAGGUUCUGCUGGCAUGCUGCGACGACCAGCUGAGGUACUUGGACAGGUCCAUGUUGCAACACGAAUGCGACCUGUGGAUGCUUUGUGGGCCUUGGCCUAUGGAGGUCCUAUGUCUUUGCUUCCUCUGGCAAUAGGCAAUGUGCAUAAAGAUAGUCUGGAACCAGAACAGGGAAAUCUUCUUUUGUCUUUAGCCACAGCUACUCUGGCAGCCCCAGUAUUUCGAAUUAUUUCUAUUGCUAUUCAACAUCCAAGAAACAAUGAAGAGUUUUGUCGAACCCGUGGGCCUGAGAUUCUUUCAAAAAUCUUGAAUUAUCUUCUUCGAACCUUGUCUUCAUCGGAUAACGAAAAAUGUGAUGGCGUGGGAGAUGAGGAACUUGUUGCUGCUGUUGUCUCCUUAUGCCAAUCCCAGAAGCAUAAUCAUGCACUCAGAGUGCAACUUUUUAGUACAUUGUUGUUGGAUCUCAAAAUUUGGAGCUUAUGCAACUAUGGAUUGCAAAAGAAGCUUCUAUCAUCACUAGCAGACAUGGUUUUCUCAGAGUCAUCAGUAAUGCGAGAUGCCAAUGCGAUUCAGAUGCUUCUUGAUGGCUGCAGAAGAUGCUAUUGGAUAACUCGUGAAAAGGACUCUGUGAAUACUUUUUCACUGAAUGAGGCAGUUCGUCCUAUGGGUGAGUUGAAUGCUCUGGUUGAUGAACUCUUAGUGAUCAUUGAACUUCUAAUAGGAGCAGCACCUCCUUCAAUGGCUGCGGAUGAUCUCCGCUGUCUACUUGGUUUUAUUGUUGACUGCCCUCAACCCAAUCAGGUUGCCAGGGUAUUGCAUUUGAUAUACAGGCUUAUAGUACAGCCAAAUACAGCUAGGGCUCAGACAUUUGCAGAGGCAUUUAUAAAAUGUGGUGGGAUAGAAACACUUCUUGUUCUGCUGCAACGGGAAGCUAAAGCUGGUGAUCAUAAUAUUCCAGAAUCAGUGACAAAGAAUGAUGAUAGCUUAUCUGUUGGGAAAGGUGAACCAGGUGGAGGCAGUGAGGUUCCACAAAAGCAUCAGAAUAAUGAAGUAAAGAAUUUUACUGCAAGCGAGAAAGAUUAUGAAGCUGAACCAUCUGAGGGCGCUGGCAGCCCUGCUGCUUCUUUCACUAGUAUGAGAAUUGAAAGGGUGCCAUCUGUUUCAGAAAUUCCUUCUAUUAAGAAUUUGGGUGGUAUCAAUCUUUCAAUUAGUGCUGAUAAUGCAAGAAAUAAUGUUUACAAUGUUGACAAAAGUGAUGGUGUGGUUGUUGCAAUCAUUGGGCUACUGGGUGCUUUAGUAACAUCUGGGCAUGUGAAAUUUGGCACAUGUGCACCCUCAGAUAUGACAAGCUCCUUUUUGGGUGGUGGACUACAAGAAGGAGGCGGUUCAAUGUUUGAUGAUAAAGUUUCUCUUCUACUUUUCGCAUUGCAGAAGGUUUUCCAGGUAGCACCGAACAGGCUUAUGACUACCAAUGUAUACACAGCUUUAUUGGCAGCCUCGAUUAAUGCUUCUUCAACAGAGGAUGGGCUGAACUUCUAUGAUUCUGGUCAUCGCUUUGAACAUUCACAACUUCUGUUGGUUCUUUUGCAUUCGCUGCCGAAUGCAUCUAGGGCUUUGCAAAGUAGGGCAUUGCAGGAUCUUCUGUUUUUGGCUUGCAGUCAUCCGGAAAACAGAAGCAGUCUUACAAAAAUGGAGGAAUGGCCUGAGUGGAUUCUGGAGGUUCUGAUCUCUAAUUAUGAGAUGAGUGCAACAAAAAAUUCUAACUUGGCAAGCUUAGGGGACAUUGAGGAUCUCGUUCACAACUUCUUGAUUAUAAUGUUAGAGUAUUCAAUGCGCCAGAAGGAUGGUUGGAAGGAUAUUGAAGCAACAAUUCAUUGUGCAGAAUGGCUUUCUAUUGUGGGGGGAUCUAGCACGGGAGACCAACGAGUUAGACGAGAAGAAUCGCUCCCUAUAUUUAAAAGAAGGCUUUUGGGGGGCUUAUUGGAUUUUGCUGCAAGAGAACUGCAGGUUCAGACUCAAGUUAUUGCUGCAGCAGCUGCUGGUGUUGCAGCUGAGGGUUUAUCACCAAGAGAAGCCAAGGCAGAAGCAGAAAAUGCUGCUCAACUUUCUGUGGCAUUGGUUGAAAAUGCUAUUGUCAUAUUAAUGCUUGUUGAAGAUCAUUUAAGGUUACAAAGCAAGCUCUCUUGUGCAUCACGCGUUGUUGAUAGUUCCCCUUCUCCCAUAUCCCUUGUAUCACCCCUCAAUAAUCGUGCAAUUCCGUUGACAUCAACUGGUCGGGAUUCAUUUGAAUCUUUAGGCGAUCGCAGAUCCAAUGACUCUGGGGGACUACCUCUUGAUGUCCUUGCUUCAAUGGCUGAUGCAAAUGGGCAAAUUUCGACUGCUGUGAUGGAACGUCUCACAGCAGCAGCAGCAGCAGAACCUUAUGAGUCUGUUUCUUGUGCUUUUGUAUCAUAUGGGAGUAUUGCUUUGGAUUUGUCUGAGGGUUGGAAAUAUAGGAGCAGGUUGUGGUAUGGUGUUGGCUUUCCUUCCAAAACAGCUGAUUUUGGUGGCGGCGGCAGUGGUUAUGAAUCUUGGAGGUCUGCUUUAGAAAAAGAUGCAAAUGGAAACUGGAUUGAACUUCCUUUGGUGAAGAAGUCAGUUUCCAUGCUCCAAGCUUUACUGUUGGACGAGUCUGGACUUGGUGGCGGUCUUGGUAUAGGUGGAGGAUCAGGAACUGGAAUGGGAGGAAUGGCAUUGCUAUACCAGUUGUUGGACAGUGAUCAACCAUUCUUAUGCAUGCUCCGAAUGGUUCUUCUGUCAAUGAGGGAGGAAGAUGAUGGUGAAACCAGUAUGCUCAUGAGGAAUGUAAGUGUAGAGGAUGGGGCAUCAGAAGGCAAUGUGUCUGUAGAGAAUAAUGCUCGACUGUCAAUGAGAAAACCACGGUCAGCCUUGCUGUGGAGUGUACUUUCACCUGUUCUAAAUAUGCCCAUUUCUGAUUCAAAACGACAGAGAGUUUUGGUUGCAUCUUGUGUUCUUUUUUCUGAGGUAUGGCAUGCUGUUAGCAGAGACAGAAAACCUAUUCGUAAACAGUACCUUGAGGCUAUUUUACCACCAUUUGUUGCUGUGUUGCGGAGGUGGCGGCCAAUUCUUGCUGGAAUUCAUGAGCUUGCUACUGCUGAUGGUUUAAAUCCUCUUGCUGUUGAUGAUCGUGCACUAGCUGCCGAUGCACUCCCUUUAGAGGCUGCUCUCUCUAUGAUCUCUCCAGCUUGGGCAGCUGCAUUUGCUUCACCACCAGCUGCUAUGGCAUUGGCAAUGAUUGCUGCUGGUGCUGCAGGAGGGGAAAUCUCACCUCCAACACCUACCGCACAACUUAAGCGUGAUUCUUCCUUGCUUGAGAGGAAAUCAACUAGACUACAAACCUUUUCAAGCUUCCAAAAACCUUUAGAAAUGACUAACAAAACACCAGCUCUUCCAAGGGAUAAGGCUGCAGCAAAGGCUGCAGCAUUGGCAGCAGCACGCGAUCUUGAGCGUAAUGCGAAGAUCGGUUCUGGAAGGGGCCUUAGUGCGGUUGCAAUGGCUACGUCUGCUCAGCGAAGAAAUGCCAGUGACAUGGAGCGUGUGAAGAGAUGGAAUACUACUGAAGCCAUGGGAGUUGCCUGGAUGGAAUGUAUGCAACCGUUUGACACAAGAUCAGUCUAUGGGAAAGAUUUCAACGCUUUAUCUUAUAAAUUUAUUGCAGUUCUUGUUGCAAGUUUUGCUUUAGCUAGAAACAUGCAGCGAUCAGAGGUUGAUAGGCGUGCUCAAGUUAAUGUAAUAGCUCGACAUCGUUUAUCUAGUGGUAUUCGUGCAUGGCGGAAACUUGUUCACUGCUUGAUAGAGAUGAAGAGCCUUUUUGGGCCACAUAAGGACUAUUUGUGCACUCCUGAACAUGUUUUUUGGAAACUAGACUUUAUGGAAAGUUCUUCACGGAUGAGAAGAUGUUUGAAGAGGAAUUACAGGGGGUCUGAUCAUUUUGGUGCUGCUGCUAAUUAUGAGAAGCAAAUUGAGAGGAAACAUGAUCAAGGGAAUGUUCCUGUUCUUGCAGCAGAAGCUAUCUCAAUUGAAGGAAUAAAUGAGGAUGAUGAACAUGCAGAAACUGAUAUUUUAGAUGGUAAUGCCUAUGACACAGAACAGAGUGGAGAGAGUCAGCCAGGACCAUUAGGAACAGCUGAUGAAAACCUGCAGCCAUCCGCAGAAUCGAAUGAUGCUCAGCAUGCUGGUGACCAAGACUUAGAAAGUACAUCAGCGGUUGCACCAGGAUAUGUUCCUAGUGAUCUUGAUGAAAGGAUUGUUCUUGAGCUUCCAUCGUCUAUGGUCCGGCCUCUAAUGGUUAUACGAGGAACAUUUCAAGUAACAACUAGGAGGAUAAAUUUUAUAGUUGAUACCAGUGAAGGCAAUGCCGUGGCUGGAAUGGAAUCUUCUGAAUCAAGAGAACAAGAAAAAGAUCGUAGCUGGUUAAUGUCUUCACUCCAUCAGAUUUAUAGCCGAAGAUAUCUUCUUAGAAGAAGUGCCCUGGAACUUUUUAUGGUUGACCGGUCAAACUUCUUCUUUGAUUUUGGGUGUACUGAGGGGCGAAGAAAUGCUUAUCGAGCAAUUGUACAAUUACGUCCUCCUCAUUUGAACAAUAUUUAUCUAGCAACUCAGAGACCUGAACAGCUUCUGAAGAGAACUCAACUUAUGGAGCGCUGGGCUAGGUGGGAGAUCAGCAAUUUUGAAUACCUAAUGCAGCUGAACACUCUGGCUGGGCGCAGUUAUAAUGAUAUAACUCAGGUGGGUUUUUUGGGUACUAUUUGUGUGUGGACAUUUUCUGCAUUUGCUGCUAUUUUUUUUUUUGUUUCCUUGCAGUAUCCUGUAUUCCCUUGGAUUCUUUCUGAUUACUGUUCAAAGAAAUUGGAUCUUUCUGAUCCUUCUUCUUAUCGAGAUCUUUCAAAGCCUAUUGGUGCAUUGAAUCCUGAUCGGCUAAAAAAAUUUCAAGAGAGAUAUUCAAGCUUUGAUGAUCCUGUCAUCCCAAAGUUCCAUUAUGGUUCUCAUUACUCAAGUGCUGGGACAGUAUUAUAUUAUCUUGUUAGAGUAGAACCAUAUACAACUCUUUCAAUUCAGCUGCAAGGUGGAAAUUUUGAUCACGCAGACAGGAUGUUUUCAGACAUUGCUGCUACUUGGAAUGGAGUGCUUGAGGACAUGAGUGAUGUGAAGGAACUGGUCCCUGAGUUGUUUUAUCUCCCUGAAAUCUUAACCAAUGAAAAUUCAGUUGACUUUGGCAUGACGCAGUUAGGAGAAAGGCUUGAUUCUGUCAAACUUCCUCCUUGGGCUGAAAAUCCAGUUGAUUUUAUCCAUAAGCAUCGGAUGGCUCUUGAGAGUGAGCAUGUAUCUGCACAUUUGCAUGAAUGGAUCGAUCUCAUAUUUGGAUAUAAGCAACGUGGUAAGGAAGCUAUACUGGCAAAUAAUGUUUUCUUUUACAUUACCUAUGAAGGGACAGUGGAUAUAGAUAAGAUCUCGGAUUCUGUACAACAGAGAGCUACACAAGACCAGAUCGCGUACUUUGGACAGACCCCAUCCCAACUUCUGACUGUUCCUCACUUAAAGAAGAAGCCAUUAGCAGAUGUUCUUCAUUUGCAGACUAUCUUUCGAAACCCAAAAGAAAUCAGACCAUAUGCCGUUCCAGCUCCUGAGCGCUGCAAUCUACCUGCUGCUGCCAUUCAUGCAUCUUUGGAUACUGUUAUAAUCGCUGAUAUAAAUGCACCAGCAGCACAUGUUGCGCAGCAUAAGUGGCAACCCAACACACCAGAUGGGCAGGGUACACCUUUCCUUUUCCAACAUGGAAAAGCCGCAGCUAGUUCUGCCAGUGGAACUUUCAUGCGCAUGUUCAAAGGGCCAGCUGGAUCAGGUACUGAUGAGUGGCAAUUCCCCCAGGCAUUAGCAUUUGCUGCAUCUGGAAUCAGAAGUACGGCUGUUGUUUCCAUCACAUGUGAUAAAGAAAUCAUCACUGGUGGGCAUGUGGAUAAUAGUAUCAAGCUAGUGUCAUCAGAUGGAGCAAAAACCUUAGAAACAGCCACCGGGCAUUGUGCUCCAGUCACUUGCCUUUCUCUUUCCCCAGAUAGCAGCUAUCUUGUCACAGGAUCGCGGGACACUACUCUAUUACUCUGGAAGAUACAUAGGGCAUUUACAUCACGCUCCAGCAGCAUAUCAGAGCCUUCCACAGGUCCAGGCACUCCAUCUUCAGCCAGUAGUGCUCCAGCAAAUGUCUUGGCAGACAAAAGCAGGAGGCGUCGUAUUGAGGGUCCAAUACAUGUCCUCCGGGGUCAUCACAGAGAAAUUCUAUGUUGUUGUGUCAGUUCAGAUCUUGGAAUUGUUGUUUCUUGCUCUCUUUUGUCUGAUGUUCUAUUGCAUUCUGUGAGAAGGGGUCGUUUGAUCAGAAGACUGGUUGGUGUGGAGGCCCAUGCUGUUAGCCUUUCUUCCGAGGGGGUUGUAUUGACAUGGAGCAAAUCUCAACAUACUCUAAGUACCUUUACUCUUAAUGGUGUACCAAUUGCUAGAGCACAACUUCCUUUCUCUGGCAGCAUCAGUUGCAUGGAAAUUUCUGUUGAUGGGAAGGGUGCUUUGAUAGGAAUGAACUCAUGUUCGGUAAAUGAUGGGAACUCUAACCACAAUUUCAGUAUGAAGAAAUCAGGAGCUGAACAUUUUGAACUUGAAUCAGAGAGAACUGGGGAAGAGAACAGAUUGGAUCUACCCAGCCCUUCAGUUUGUUUCUUGGAUCUUCAUACGCUGAAGGUAUUUCAUGUAUUGAAGCUUGAAGAGGGCCAGGAUAUUACUGCUCUGGCUUUAAACAUUGAUAAUACAAAUCUGUUGGUGUCAACUGCAGAUAAACAGUUGAUAAUCUUUACUGAUCCAGCUUUGAGCUUGAAAGUGGUAGAUCAGAUGCUGAAGCUUGGUUGGGAAGGAGAAGGGCUCAGCCCCCUUAUUAAGUCAUAGAUUUAGGCCACUGAGUUUUGAUUAGUUGAAGAAGGAUUACAGAAGAUACGCAAUACUACUAGGAUACCACUAGAAUGUAUACAAUGGAAUGGGUUGCUCCUGUGCACAUGCCAAGUACAAUUGCUGAACUCGCAGUCUCAGCUUUCCUCGUGUGGGUGUAACAUAUGUAUUUGAAUUGCCUUGUUUCCACUGGGCAGUUCUACAGUUUUUUUUUUUUUUUCAUUCAAUUGAGUUGUAGUUUGCGGCCAUUGAGAUUUCAGAUGCAAAUCUCUGCAGCUCGAGCUGUCCAUUUUUGGCCUUCAUUUGUUUUUUGUUUUAUCUUUUUGAUAUAGCGAAUGAAAAAAAAAAUACACGAGUUAUUCAGUCUUGUAUCCUUUGUACAUGUAGUUGUUCCAUGGUUUAAAUCCGUAUAAAAUUAAUUUUCUUGCUUCA